CGUGGGAAUAAUCUGACUACAGGUUGUCUUUGUCACUUUUCUUAUUUUGUUAUAAGUUGUAACCGCCGGUACCGUCGGGUAGCAAUAGGUUGGAAAAACUGUGUGUGACCAAAAAUGUCGACCCAUUAUCAUCAUCUAUCUCAGUACCCAACAAUAACAACAGCUACUGACAACUCUUCAGCAAUUUCAGCUCAGCAACAGCAAAAGAAAGAGCAGCAGCUUAGCAGUGAUAGCCCAAAUGGGAAAUUAUCAGUCCCCACCAUCACCACCGCAAAGUCUUAUCCUUCAGCCACGGCGUCCUAUGAAGGAGUCACUCAAAGUCCGGACCUUUUCUGGGAAAAACUCAAGGCUUUUCACCAAUCGUUCGAAACCAAAUUUAUGGUUCCUUCUGUAGGAGGAAAGCCUUUAGAUCUACAUCACCUUUUUGUUGAAGUCACAUCUCAAGGUGGCCUUGAAAAGGUAAUUAGAGACCGUAAAUGGAAAGAAGUAGUUUUGGCCUUCAGUUUCCCGACAACAAUUACCAGUGCUUCAUUUGUUUUGCGCAAGUAUUAUCUAUCAUUGCUUUAUCACUUUGAGCAGGUCUAUUACUUCCACAAGCAAGUCCCUUCAAUCUCAAUGCCUGAUCCUGUAAGCAGAAACGUUGUCAAUGGGUCAGCCGCACUAGCAGAAGGUGCCACCAGGGAUGAGUUUCCAGCCAUGACUACAAUUCUGCCUCUUGGCUGUUCAGUGACUGGAACUAUUGAUGGGAAAUUUGAGAAUGGAUAUCUGGUUACAGUGAACCUGGGUACCGAUCGGAUGAAAGGUGUCUUGUAUCACAUUCCUCAACACGUUUCUAAGAAUUCUCAUUCUUCAGCCAACCCUACUCGUCGGGACCGUAAGAGAUCCAGGUUGGCAUUACGUGAUCCAUCUCGACCCAAAUCAAACCGGAGUGGUUACAAUUUCUUCUUUGCUGAGCAUUAUGCCAGACUAAAGCCUUUGUACUAUGGAGAAGAGAAAGCCAUUAGCAAGAAGAUUGGGCUCCUUUGGAGCAAUCUCACAGAAGCUGAAAAACAGGUUUAUCAGGAGAAAGGAUUGAGAGACAAGGAGAGAUAUAGAACAGAAAUGUUGGAGUAUAAAUCUUCCUACGAUUCAACUACUCAUUAGUCUCCAUCUUGUAUGUUAUUAACGCGCCCAACCUCUUACGACACCAGCUUCCUCACAACUUUUGUUAUCGUUGUUGUUUGCUAAUCCUAUUUCCUUUUUCCCCCUAUUUUCUUUACAAGAGGACUCCAAAGACUAUAUCCCAUAGUACACUCCAUGCCGGGAUUGUCGGAGGUCGAGGGGUGCAGCUCUGCAACAUAUCUAGUGAUAUUUAAUUAUAAAUCUUGAAUUGAUAGACCA